GAGUAGAAGCUCUAGGUCGACGGACAAUUAUAGCAACUGUAGACCAGACAGGUCUCGUAGGAUUCUCUGCCCCGUCGCUCCGUGGCUCGUCUUCCUCCUCGCGCCAGCGGCGCCACCCCUUCCUCCCCAUGCCGUUGCCGAGCGCCCCAGCCCCCUAGCUCGUCUUACUCCUCGCGCGAGUGCCUCCACCGCAGGUUGAUCUCCCCUUCUGUUCUCUAGCUCCCGACCGUUCUCUUCCCAUCACCCCACAAACGGAUUCCCCAAUUUGUAACUGAGGCAAAAAUCAAGACUACUGCUCGGCCGUGGGAUUUAGGAUUAUUGGAGUUCACUGGGGUAAACGAGAGAUUUUGGGGGCUAGUUGGGGACUCGGUAAAGUCGAUUGCUCUGGUUUUCUGCCUGCUGGUACAGAAUUUUUUUUUGUUUGGCCAUGUCUUGUACUUCCCCAGAUCCACCAGACUACUGCUCAGCCGUAUCGCCGGAGCUUAAACUAUACCAAGCCUUCAUCUUCUCUGUGCCAGUUUUCUUCACAUUCGUCUUGCUUCUUUUCUUCUACUUGUUCUACCUGCGGCGCCGCAGAGCAAAUUGGCAAUCCUUGAUGAGGGCUAAUAAUUUGAUACGGGGAGAUAACCCUAGGUUGGAAUGCGGCAUAAAGAAGGAGGUGCGGGAAAUGUUGCCGGUUGUGGUCUUCAAGGAGAGCUUUUUGAUCAGAGAAACACAAUGCUCAGUCUGCUUAGCAGACUAUCAACCGGAUGAACGGCUUCAGAGGAUACCCCCUUGUGGUCAUACCUUCCAUAUCGAGUGCAUCGACCACUGGCUCUCUAAGAACACUACCUGCCCCCUUUGUCGAGUAUCACUCCUUCCAGCUCCCAAAGCUGUCAGCAUUGAACCAACUGACCUGGAAGCACAAACUGCCGAAGAAGACAGCUCCCUGAGUGUGCAGCAUCAGGCAGGCGAUGAGAACAGAAGACAGGAGGAUCAGGCAGUAGAACAGGGUAGCGAAGGCCUGACACAUCAAGAUGAAGAACCACGGAGUAACGUGGAAGCAUCAGUGAGGGUAGUUUUUGAACCUCAAAUAGCCGACGCCGAGGGGUCUCAGGGUGCAGUCUGCCUGCCCUCUAAACCAAAGAAAUAAGGCUUUCUAUAUGUACUCACUCCGAUCCUAAAUUGUUGUCGUUGUUUUAGUUCAAAUUUGUACUAGAACAACGACAAGAAUUUAGGAUCGAAGGGAGUACUAUUUUGUGUAGCGUUGUAUUUUUAGCUGCUUAGAGGGAUUAAUAAGAGGCACACACAGAUUUUUUUUCUCCACAAAUGAUGUACUGAUUCUACAGGGAAAGACAGGUCUAAUCUUGUACUUGCACAGAAUUUCCACUAUUUCAUAGUUCUAAUUGGCAGAUGGUAAAAAAUAGAGCCUGCAAUCUCUUCUCUU